GCAGCCUUGUGGGUGCCUCCUCCCCCAGCCCACACCUCAGGUCUGCAGCUGGGUCCUGCCUCCUUCUGGGUGGGCCAUGGCUGGGACAUGGCUGCUGCUUCUCCUGGCCCUGGGGUGUCCAGCCCUGCCCACAGCACCCAUAGGUGCAUACUCUUUUGCAGGUGUGGGCAGCACGCCCUUCCCUUCCUUGGCCCCACCAAUCAAGCUACUGGUGGAUGGGAAGCAGCAGAUGCUGGUGGUCUGCCUGGUCCUUGAUGUUGCACCCCCCGGCCUUCACAGCCCCAUCUGGUUCUCAGCUGGCAAUGGCAGUGCACUGGAUGCCUUCACCUACGGCCCUUCCCCAGGAACAGAUGGCACCUGGACUAGCUUGGCCCAGCUCUCCCUGCCCUCUGAGGAGCUGGCAGUGUGGGAGCCCUUGGUCUGCCACACUGGGCCUGGGCGCCACAGCAGGAGCACACAGCCCCUACAGCUGUCAGGAGAGGCUUCUACAGCCAGGACUUGCCCCCAGGAGCCUCUCAGGGGGAUGCCGGGCCAGGCGCUGCGGUUGGGGGCGCUGCGGGUGCUGCUCUUCAAGCUGCUGCUGUUUGACGUGCUCCUGACCUGCAGCCGCCUCCGCGCCUGCCCGCCGCCUUCUCCUCCCGCGGCGGCCGCCCGCCUGCGAGCCCUCCGUCCCCACCGGCUGCGCCCGGCCACGGUGACCGAGGGACCAGAGGCCGCCGGCUCACCCAGCCCGCUGUGGGCGCUGCAGCCCCGCGGCCGCCGCGGUGAUCACACCCGUCCGGGUCUGCAGCCCCGGCGCUCAGUCUGGCGGGAGGGGACGUUCUCUACCUGCCGAGCUUGGGGCUGGUGCUCGUGAUCCGCCCUCACUACACCUUCCUCAAGUCUAGGAGCAUUUUUUAUACUUGACCUGCCUCCUCCUGCAGACCGGAGCUUCCUGGGGGCUGGGCUCUGCCUCCCCGCAAGACUGAGGGCUUUCCAAGGAAAAAGGCUGUGUCUCUCCCACCAGACGGGGAGCCCCUCGAGGGUGGGGAUCCACCCAGGUACUGGGGCAUUUGAAGUGCAGAAACUGAGAACAAUUAAAGAACGUAAAUGUCACAAGCAAAUGAAAAAUAUUUGAACUCACAUCUGCCCUGGGAGGAGCAAUUUGGCAGUUACAGGAAGCAGAAAUCGAGAAGGCUGCCGUGAAGAAGAGGGCUUCCUGAGAGUGAGAACUGGGGAACUGUGUGUGGAGUGGGCUGGCAGCUGGGGAGGAAACUGCCCCAUCUCUGACUCCUUCCCCCACUGCCAGGCCCUGGGCAAGGCCCUCUCUCUGUCUCCUCACCCUGGGCCCAACCUCCGUGAGAGGUCAAGGCAGGGAGCCCAGGAAGCCAGGAAGGUGGGUGCUGGGCCUGAUUGUGAAGUCUUGUACGGGCUUGACAGAAGUGAACAGGGCCAGGAUUCCCAGGUAACAGGAUCGUUUCUCAUGCCAAAAGCAUGAGAUGGUAAUUCCAAACUUACAGGUUAUUAAUCAACUAAGGGUCAUUAUUCAUUUGACAAAUAUUCGUUGAGCAUCAAUUCUAAUCCAGGUACUAAAGAGUUUGGCUUUU